AUGAUGCUGAUAGUAUCGAUCCUGAUUAUCGGGGCGCUUUCCUCUCCCUUUGUACAUUGGAACGAGACUUAUCGAUUGGAAACUUGUGCUCCAACGCAACUCUGGUCAACGUGCUUUCUGAAUCUCGCCUACACAAACAACACACGACAAACAAUCACUCGAGCGAACAUCACCGCGCACGAUUGUUCUAGUCUUGACGGCAAUUCUUCUACCAACGGUUGUCCUCCGCCGCCAGCGAACGCGACCCUCUUCACAUCACGAUCCUAUUACGCCGUCUUGAACAUCUAUAACGUACAACACCAUAUCUUCGUUUGGGCUCAAGCAAUCAACGCUUCCGCUUCACUUCCCGGCAUCGCCGCCAUCGCCGCCCAAGCGGUCCCAACGACGCCGAAUUCGCUGCUGCAAAGCAUCAUCCGCGAAUUCGGUAUCAAUCAGGCCGCAGAUGAUGCGCUGGUGAACUUGCUUGAUACACCAAGCAUCAGGCCUACGCCACAGAUUGUGAAUGGAGUGAGCGGUGGCCCGCAGCAUCCGCUUGAUGCAGCUGAGACAGUGCCGCUAAUGGUAAAUCGAUUGGCGGAUGUGCUGCUGCUUGCGAUGAGGAAUUUUGAUGUCUUUCUGGGUGUAGUGAAGAAUGGGUCGUACUCGACCAAUGAUUUGGCGCUUGUGGGAGAGCUGGUGACUGUUUUGAGAGGCACUCCGUAA